UAAAGUAGGCUAACGAAUAAAGAGAGGUACGUGCUAGUCUAGAUGUGCAUAUUGACUUGUCGCGCAAGUUGUCAACAUCAAGUAAAAAAAGUGAGGAUUGAUUUAAAUGCAUCCGAGUUUGAAACUGACUAAAAAUGGCUGGAAAAUUCUUAAAUCUUUGGUCGUUAAGAAGCGUUACUAAAGUAGUCGCUGUUGUCAUUAUCACAAUAGUCGCUGUUAUAAUUUACGAUACAAGAGAAAUACCACAACGUGUUGAACACGAUAAAGAUGAGUGGGAAAUUUGGAGAAAUGUCGACUUUUCUGUCUCUGUUGUAUCGCUGGCAUUCGCAAGUGUUCUUCUUUAUGGCGCAAUUACGGAAUUUAAAAUGUUUCUUCUCCUAUGGAUGAUAUGGAAUGUCAUCUUAGCAGCAUUUUGGACCGUGUUUCUAGCAUUGAAACAGGACGAACUUGUUGAAUGGGAGAAGACAUUCCGUAUUGUGGCGAUUAUCGUAAUGGCGUUAGCUGAAUUGCCCGUCAUCAACUAUUAUAUUUUUCUUCGAGUCGAACACAAAGAUGGCGACAAAUCUGAUUUAUCUUGGGUUGAAUCAAAAAAUGAAGAAAUGUACCAAAGCUUGAAGGAAAACCGUUCGUUUGUUUCACUAAACUCCAUGUUUAUUGGCGACCUGAACCAAAGUGGCAGUCAAAACAAAGCUUAUCAAUCUGAUUCGGGAAGAGAGUCGAUGACUGAUUCAUCAUCGUUGGAGGAAGCUGUGGAGAUGAAACAAGAUGAAAACGAUGGUAGCGAUGACAAGAAUGAACAUGAUACAAAUGACGACGUCAAUUCUGAGACAAGUUUUGAGAUUUCUGUUGUCGUACAUAAAGAAGAAACAAUCUCGGCUCCGGGGUAUGGGAAUGAUUCCGAACGUGAUGUAGAAGUUGGCAAUACAGACAACAAUGAAGAUACAAGUCAACAAUCGAUGUCAACAAAGACAGACCAACAAGAAGCGACUUCACAACAAGAAGCGACUUCACAACAAGAAGCGACUUCCCAACAAGAAGCGUCUUCACAACAAGAAACGGCUUCACAACAAGAAACAGCCGUGAGUCUUGACAACAACGAAACAGAAUUAUCCAGCAAUAAAACAGAAAAUAACGACGAAAGCAACUCGCCAAACGAAAAGAUUUGAAAUCAACACGAAGAGGAAAUUACCAAAGCAGCAGAUAACAUGACGAACACAAACAAGAAAUACAACCUCACUCUCCAAAUUUAACCUUCAUAUUAGAAAAAUAGUUCGAGAUAAGAAGCUCAUUAGUGCUGCUGUGAUAGAAUGUAGAAAUUCUAGAGAAUUAUCUCAAACAGAACCUUACUGAACGUUGUAGUAGUAUAAUCAUGAAUUGUACAUUAGCAUAAAUUAAUUUAUAUAUAAUUAUUGUAAAUAUAUUCAUUUUCAAUUAAAGGUGUGAACAACACAAA